CCCCCCACAGCUUCGAUCCCCCACCAGCACACACACACACACACACAGCUCCAGCAAAGCCAUGCCCUCCGCAGGUGUGUGUGUGGAGCGUGCUGAAGUGAAGGACACCAGCAGGAAGCAGCCAAAGAAGAGUCCAGAGCUGACCAGUGCAACACACACACACACUCGCACAGACUCCUCAAGAACAGAGAGAGAGGAGAGGGAGGCCCUCAGGAGGAGGUGCAGAGAGGUGGAGGAGGAGAGGGAUGCCCUGAGAAGGAGGUGCGAUGAGCGCAAGGAGGAGAGAGAUGUCUUGAGGAGGAGGUGUAAAGAGGUGGAGGAGGAGAGGAAUGGCCUCAGGAGGAGGUGCGAGGAGCAGAGGGAGGAGAGAGAAGCGCUCAAGAGGAGGUGGGAGGAGCAGAGUCGACUCCUGCAGAACACCCAGCAGCAACUCCUCCUCCUGCAGAGGGAGAACCAAUCAGAAAACAGAACACACACAGAGUUGGAGUGUCUGCGUGUGCAGGCUCAGGAGUUGGUGGAUGAGAAUGAUGCUCUGAAGAUGACGGUCCAUCGCCUCAGCGUACAGCUCAGCACGUACCAGAACACACACACACAGCAGGUAACACACACACACACACACACACACUCUGAAGAUGACCGUCCAUCGCCUCAGCGUACAGCUCAGCACGUGUCUAAGUCAGCUGGGUUGCCAGGGAAGGGUCCUCCUCCUCCUUGGCUGCUGGAUGUGAAGUACCUGUCUCCGCUGGCUGUGGCCUAUGAGGACCGCCUCUCUGAGAAGGACACACUGAUGAAGACAUGCCAGGAGGAGGUGUGUGUGUUGCGUGCGAGGACGGAGGAGGUGGUGAAGGAGAACCAGAGACUCCACCAGGAGAUGGAGGAGAAAGGCACCGGCAGCCGCAAGGAAUGGAGGCAGCUGCAGGAUCAGUGUCGUCUGGUUCUGGACGAGAACAGAAUUCUACUGGAGCAGCUGGACACACAGCAGAAGAGGACACGAGACACACACACACGCCACACACAGAAGAGGACACGAGACACACACACACGACACACACACGAGGUGGCUAAGGUGUGUAAGCAGCUGGUGUUGCGUGAGCAGGAGGUGUGUGUGUUGCGCGGGGAGCUGAAGGAGGUGAAGAGGGAGCUACACACACUCCAACACCAGGAGGCGCUCACACACACACAACACCAGGAGGACCUCGCACAGCUCUCACAGCGUGUGGAUGAGGAGAAUGCGCGUUGGCAGCUGCAGGUGGAUGAGCUGGUUUCCAAGAUGGCCGCCCUGCAGGCGGAGAGGAAGUCCCUGGCGCUCGACAAGAGCCAAUCAGACGCCGCCAACAAGGGCCUGGAGGCGGAGCUGGACAUCUCAAGACACGCCCACAAGAAGCUUCAGCGUCGUGUGGAGGGUCUUAAGCAGCAGCUGGAGCAGUCGAUGGAUAAGGAGCUGGAGGCCUUGCAGUACCUCUCAGGAGUAGUGGGCCUAGCAGAACACACCACACAGCAACGAGACCAACUCAUACACAUGGCUUCUACGUUGGAGAAGGGAAAGCAAGACGUCGUCAUGAGAAUCAUACAGGGAACUAUGCAGCUAGCCAAACUACAGGAGAAACUCAAGGUGUACCGGCGUGAGGCGGCGAGUAGUGUGUGUGUUCUGGGGCGUCGCCUGGUGGAGCAGGAGCAGGCGAUGGAGGGACACACACACACUUUCCAGCAGGAGAGACGCCACCUACAGGGGCUACUGAGGGACAAACAGCACGCACUGGACACCGCUCUGCAGCAGAAGAGGGAGGUGCAGUGUGAGCUGGAUGCUGUGUGGGAGUGUGUGUCCAGAGAGAGCCAGAAGGGUUGCCAGGUAACCGAUCUGGAGUCGCCCCCGCUGGUCGCCCCUAGCAACGCACCCUCCCUCGACUGGACCCCCCCACACGGAUCACCUGUGGACUUCUACUCUUGA